AAAUAAAUUUGUGGACAAGCCAGAGUGCAUGAUGGCGGCGUCGCUGCUGCGCCGGGACAAGAAAUCUACCGCCGCCCACUUGAAGGCAGACUUAAACCGGACUGAUAAUAGCACCGGGGUCCGACAACUUCAGGAGCUGCUCGACGUCGUACUAAAUCCUGAAAACCCAGCGGCUGACACAGAAGCUCUGGACUGGUGUAAAUGUCUGAUUGCAGGAGGAGAAGGUUUCGAGGAGUUCUGCAGAACGGUCCGGUCCUAUGACAACGCGACCCUGUGCGGGUUGGUCUGGACCGCUAACUUCGUGGCUUAUCGAUGUCGCACCUGUGGUAUCUCCCCGUGUAUGUCACUGUGUGCUGAGUGUUUCAAUAACGGGGACCACACGGGCCAUGAUUUCAACAUGUUCAGGAGCCAGGCUGGUGGGGCCUGUGACUGUGGAGACAGUAAUGUCAUGCGAGAGAGUGGGUUUUGCAGACGGCAUCGGUUGAGAACAGGGGAGAACAUCCCCUCAAUACCUCGAGACCUUCUUCUGAUGUCUGAGAUGGUUCUUCCUCGCUUUAUCCUGUGUAUCAUACAGUAUCUGAGAGACGGAUACAUUGAGCCAGACACCUCAACUGAGAGAGAUCUACAGAAAGUCCUGCAGCAGCUGGAGCCUCAGAUCUCCUUCCUGGAGGAGCUAACAAAGAUGGGCGGAGCAAUGAGGACUGUACUGACAAAGAUCUUAACCAAUCAGCAGAUAUUCAAAGACUUGAGCAUGGGCCAAGAGGAGAAUUUGUAUGCUAAAAAGAACUAUGACAAGUAUUUAUCAGCCUUGAAAAAUUCAGGUCUAGUAUCUGUGGAAGAGAAGGCUCAAGGAGCUACUGCUGAUGUCACUGUCGGUGCAGAAGGAGGUGCAGGAGCAAUAGUCCUUUUGGGAGCUGCACCAGGAAGCCCUGUCGAGUCUAAUAAAGAGGAAGACCAAGAUGCAGGGCUGUCUGUUGGACAGAGGAAGAGGGUUAAGCUGAGCAGCAGUACCAAAGACCCGUGCAUCAUUGAAUCAUUGAAGCAUAAAUGCUUUCUGGAAGAGGUGCUGUUUUGGACAAUAAAAUAUGAGUUUCCUCAGAAGAUGGUCACCUUCUUACUCAACAUGUUGCCAGAUCAAGAUUACAAGAUCACUUUUACAAAAACAUUUGUUCAGCAUUAUGCAUUCAUCAUGAAAACACUGAUGAAAAGCCAUGAGUCAGACACCAUGUCCAACCGCAUUGUACAUAUUAGUGUGCAGCUGUUCAGCAACGAGGAACUGGCUCGACAUGUGACGGAGGAGUGUCAGCUUCUGGACAUCAUGGUCACUGUCCUGCUUUACAUGAUGGAGAGUUGCCUUAUUAAAAGUGAACUUCAGGAUGAAGAGAACAGUCGCCACGUUGUGGUGAACUGCAGUGAGGCUCUGUUAAAGAACAACACCUACUGGCCAUUAGUUAGUGAUUUUAUUAACAUCCUCUCACACCAAAGUGUAGCAAAAAAGUUCCUGGAAGACCAUUCCUUGUUGAUGCUAUGGAUGAGCUUUGUGUCAUUUUUUCAAGGUAUGAACCUGAAUAAGCGGGAGUUGAAUGAGCAUGUGGAAUUCGAGUCUCAGACAUACUAUGCAGCAUUUGCAGCAGAGCUGGAGGCCUGUGCACAGCCAAUGUGGGGUCUCCUGACACACUGCAAAGUCAAAGAGACACAGGAGUAUACAAAAACUGUUGUACGCUACUGCUUGGAGACCCUGCAGAUCUGGUUCGAUGCCAUUGGCUUUAUUGAUGAGCCUGCUCCAAAUCAAGUGACUUUUCACCUCCCACUGCACCGCUACUAUGCCAUGUUCCUCAGUAAGGCUGUAAAGUGCCAAGGCCUGGACCUGGACAGCCUCCUUCCAGACCAAGAGAUGCUUAUGAAGAUCAUGGUGCAUCCACUCCAAAUCCAGGCAUCCUUGUCUGAGAUCCACAGCAACAUGUGGGUCAGGAACGGCUUGCAGAUCAAAGGACAGGCAAUGACCUAUGUGCAGUCACACUUCUGUAACUCCAUGAUUGACCCAGAUGUCUUUCUGCUCCAGGUUUGUGCAUCAAGACUAGAUCCUGACUACUUUAUCUCAAGUGUCUUUGAGAGGUUCAAAGUGGUUGACUUGUUGACCAUGGCGUCUCAGCAUCAGAAUGCUGUUUUAGACUCUGAGCAGGAGAGGCCGAUGCUUGAAGGAGCACUCACCUUCCUGGUCAUAUUGACGAGCCUUCGCAUUCAUUUGGGGAUGACGGAUGACGAGAUCCUUCGGGCUGAGAUGGUAUCGCAACUGUGUAUGAAUGACCGUACACACAGCGCGCUGUUAGACCUUAUUCCUGAGAACCCCAACCCAAAGAGUGGCAUUGUGCCAGGGAGUUGUAGUUUUGAGAAGAUGCUGUCUGAUGUGGCGGACUUCAAGGCACCAGUGUUUGAGCCCGGAGGCUCCAUGCAGCAGGGCAUGUAUACACCUAAACCUGAGGUGUGGGAGAAGGAGUUUGACCCCAUCAUGGUCGUCCUCAGAACAGUUUACCGUCGCGACGUGCAGUCGGCCAUGGACAGAUACUCGGCAUUUCUUAAACAGUCUGGUAUCCACACUGGAAACCCGUGGCCACCAUACAAGGAGAGGACUCCUCUGCACCCUUGUUACAAAGGUCUAAUCAAGCUGCUGCACUGCAAGACGCUGCACAUCGUGAUAUUCACUCUCCUCUACAAGAUAUGGAUGGAUCAUCAGAAUAUGUCCGAACAUGUGCUGUGCAUGGUGCUGUACCUGAUCGAGCUAGGCUUGGACAACCAGGUUCAAGAAAACAAGGAGGAUGAGGAGCCUUGCAUUGAGGAGCACUGCCAUGACAGCUGGUUCCCCGGCACUAACCUGCUCUCCAACCUACACCACGUCAUCAACUUUGUGAGGGUUCGUGUUCCUGAGACGGCUCCUGAGGUGAAGAGAGAGGCCCCUCCAAGCACCAGCACUGAGGCCUCUUCGUAUGGACAGAACCUGCGUGAAGCUCAGGUGUUCAGCCUCGUGGCUGAGCGCAGGAGGAAGUUCCAGGAGAUAAUCAACCGCAGCAGCACUGAGGCCUCCCCGGUUGUCAGGCCCAAGAGCUCCUCCACACGCUGGGUCCCACCAGGAACACCACCUCAGCUGGUGACUGAGAUCCUGGAGAUCCGGGAGAGCAUGCUGUCCCUCCUCAUCAAGCUCCACCAGAAGUUGUCGUCCAAGCAGAACUCCCUGUCUCCAUCAUGGCUGGAGGACAUGGACACGAGUCAUCACGCCCAUGGUGAUGGCAUUACAGCCAUUGAGCGCAUCCUCACCAAGGCGGCCACACGCAGCUGCCAAAUCAAGCGUAGCAUCCAGGACAUUUGUGGGAAGGUUUGUCCUCCUGUUCCACCGAAGAAGAACAGUCCCACAGACAAGAAAGCCAUGGAUAAAGAAGAGAGACGUCAGAGGGCUAGAGAGAGGCAACAGAAGCUGCUGGCUGAAUUUGCCUCCAGGCAGAAGAGUUUCAUGGAAACAGCCAUGGAUGUUGAAUCCCCUGAAACAGAGGCUGCCAUGGACCUGGGAGCGUCUGAAGUGAUGGAGUCUGAGGUUCUUUAUGACUGUGUAAUCUGUGGCCAGAGUGGACCUUCCACUGAGGACAGACCCACCGGCCUCGUAGUUCUCCUCCAAGCAUCCUCCGUGCUCGGGCAUCGCUGCAAAAGCAAAGAGGCAAAGAAUCUACCAACAACUGAUGACGAGCACAUCUACGCUGCGGACACUUGUGGAGUGGCUCACGAUGUCCGGCUCACGCUCAUGCAGCGGUUUUUCAAAGAUAGCUCCUGUCUGCAGUCUGUGUCAAUAGGUUGGGAUGGGGGUGUCUACGUCCAGACCUGUGGACACACUUUACAUAUAGAUUGCCAUAAGUCAUACAUGGAGUCUCUGAGGAAUGACCAGGUCCUCCAGGGUUUCUCCGUUGACAAGGGUGAAUUUACUUGCCCACUGUGUCGACAGUUUGCCAAUAGUGUCCUUCCCUGUCGCCCUGGGCGGGGCACUGAGUCUGCUGCCUGGCACACACCCACAAACAAGAAGACGUGUGUGAUUGUGAAGGAAGUGGAAGAUCUUCAGGAGAAACUCGGCCUUUUCCCUACUGAAUCAAACUUGAGUAAAGAGAUGGAAUUGGUUAUUAAGGACAUCAAGAAUACCACCCAGAAGAAAUACAUGGACUACGGCAAGAACCCUGGCUCUCCUGACAAUGAUUUCCUCUUCAUGUACUCAGUGGCAAGAACAAACCUGGAGCUGGAGCUUGUGCAUCGAGGAGGAAACUUGUGCUCUGGAGGAGCCAGUGCUGCUGCCAAACGCUCAUGUCUCAAUCAGCUGUUCCAUGUGCUGGCCAUGCACAUGCGCCUGUACAGCAUUGAUUCAGCCUACAACCCCUGGACUAAGCUGACUCAGGUCGCACAAAGCAGAGAGGCAGAUGUCUUUGACGAUGAGAGGCCUGAGGUACCUAUGCUGUUUCGAGAUGUCCCAUCACUCCUUAUCAUCUUUGUGCUAACAAUGCCUCAGCCUCUGCGAAAAGAGCACUUCACAUGUGUGGUGAAGAUGCUGUACAACCUGCAGUACACACAGGCUCUGGCUGCAAUUUCAUCCAAGUUCAGCCCAGAAGAAAGACAGGCCUGGUGCACAUCUGGAGCACUCAAGAAGAAUGCUGCAAAUGCCGAGAAAUCAUUUGAAGUGCUUCUCAGUCACGUUAUCAGCGAGCUCUCUCAGGACAAGAGUGUCUACAAGGUGAACACAGAGGAAACAUCGAUGCUCAUCUCCAGUGUGUGGUCCCCACAGUCGAUCGAAUUCAGCCUCCAGCAGUUCUGCUUGCCCUUCCUCCGCCUCUCCUGCCUUCUGCAGCAUCAUCUCUAUGGAGACAACCUGACUGGUUGCCUUGAGGAAGAGGAGUUCUCGUCCCUGGCUGUGUGUUUGGGGCUCUUACCCUCUGCUCCUCAGCCUUCAAACAUCGUGCACAGUGCCUCAUGUCUGACGUGGGCAGUCAGCGCUUUUGAAUUGGUGAUACAGUGGUGUGCUGAGGUCACAGGGCUCUCCCAGAUGCAAGCGGAGCAAUCACUGGGCUUGCUUGUGCAGGACCCUCAGUGGGCAGCCCCCCGCCUUCUCCAGCUCCCCGACAACUACAACAUCAUCUUCCAGUACUAUCACAGGAAGGCCUGCACUGCCUGCAAGAAGGUGCCAAAAGACCCCGCACUCUGCCUUGUGUGUGGCGCCUUCGUCUGUCUCAAAGGCGUGUGCUGCAAACAGCAGGGUAUCUGUGAAUGUGUUUUGCACUCCCAACAUUGUGGUGCAGCUACAGGCAUCUUUCUCCUGAUAAAUGCCUCAGUCAUCAUCAUCAUCCGUGGACAUCGUUUCUGCCUGUGGGGCUCUGUUUACCUUGAUGCCCAUGGAGAGGAGGACCGCGAUUUACGCCGUGGCAAGCCUCUUUUCUUAUGUGAAGAGAGAUAUCGAGUGUUGGAGCAGCAGUGGGUCUCGCACACCUUUGAUCACAUCAAUAAGCGUUGGGGGCCUCACUAUAACGGACUCUAAGAUCUUCCAAAGUCCACUGAAAACAGCAACCAAUGACUGAGAAGAUUUUUUUUUUCUGCCUCGAUCAAAAAUAUUUCGGAACUCUUAAGGUGAAAACUCAAACAUCCAGUGAGGGCAUCGCUGCCAUAGGCCUUGGUUUAUGUGAAGUUUGGUGUACAAUCAUGCCUAAAGAUUAACACGUGUGUGUGUUUCAGUGAUUUAUUGUGUGGUUUUCAGCAGGGAAAAACAGAAUUCGUUAAAACAUCAAAGUAAAAGCACAACUUUGCCCAGAAACAGAUUUUGGUUUGGAGCAGGCUUUUGAAGCCUGUCAUAUUUAUUAGGUUUAAAAAAAAAAAAACGAAGUAUAACAAGUGCUGAAUUCCCCUGUGGAGUUUGAUUACUUUUUGCACCAUUUCUGAUGAUGUUAAUGCAUAUCCCUCUUAUUUAUCAAAAUGUGCUCUGCUGUGCUGGCAUGAGUUUCAGGCUCCUGAUGAGUGUAGCGAUGUUAUUGCAAUAUGCACUCAUAGUCGGCUGACAUGUGACGGGACAAGUCCACCUAUCAACACACUAGAGUUUUCUUUGCAAACAAGCAAAGACUCUUUUUAUGGGUCUAGUUGCAAUCCAUCCUCAGGAAUUAUUUUUUGUUUCCUUUUUUUUUUUUUUUUCGCUGUUUAAAAAUAUGUUUUAGAUAUUUAAAUAAAUGCUGCUGCUCAUUGUUCAAGUAAAUAAUUUUAACUUUUGUGAAGAUUUUUUUUUUUUCUAAGGUCGUGCUUUGAGUUUACGAUAGAUGGCUGGGAAUGUUGACUCAAACUACUUUGAUGUUUAAGGAGGUAUGCGGUCACCUCAUUACGCUCACUGAAGCUCUCAUAGUCCUGCUCUAUCCGCGCCCUUUUUCUUUCUGGUUGGCUCUGAAGAAAAAAAAACUUAAAUGCCAACUGCAAAAUACAACUGGUCAAUGAAAUAUCUAAGAUUCAUCACUCCUCAGUACCUGAAGUCAAGCAUACAGAUUUGAAGAGCAUACAUUUUAAAGGAAAGGAAAUGUCAUUGCACAGAUAUGGUGUCCUGCAAAGCUGAAUGCCGUAUGAGAGCAGAAUAUUUUAUUGAUUCCAUUAGAAAUUUUCCCCUCAGCAUAUGAAACUCCAUGAAUUACAAGUUGUUGUUUGUUUUGUUUUUGAGAAAAUGCAGACUAUUUUCAUCUUUUGGGGCUGUCAAAAGAAUUAUCCCCUUUUAUGCUUUCAAUGGUCGAGUCCUAACUGCAGUAUAGAUCAUUUCUUGUGAUGACUAUCCCUUACUCACGCAUCAUAUAGUUGUGAUUUAUAGUUGCAUUCCAAUAUCACAAGAAUAUCAGACUUGAGUAUCCGUGAUACACUGUGCAUGAAAUCCUUUAAGCUACCAUUAUUUAAGUGUCUUAGCUACUUAAUUUUCUGAUUAUCAUCUUUUUCUUUUUUUUUCUUGGAGAGGAAUUUAUCCAGUCGUGCCUGCAAGAUUACAUUUUCGAGUGUUUAACAGCACACUGCUGAUUUCUCUGAUGUCUGGUUUUGAAAUGCUGAGCCACGCUGUGCUGCAGGAAUCUUUAAGUUAACACCAACACUUGAAAACACUUCCUCUUUGAAUUCAUGCAUGCUGCUUUUUUUCUGUUUACUGAGGUUCCUCUCUUUUAUUUUGCAGUACCCACUAUGUAAAUGACCGCAACCAAUUAGCCAACGAUAAAUGGGUGUAAAUUGUAACUGAAAAGCUCUUGUGUGUUCUCCUGUAUGACUGAAGAGAGAAUACAGUACAUUACUGUAGGUGCUGACUCAAACUUUGAGUUUGACCAGAAAGGAUGACUUGGACAUUUAAUGCAAAAUGUAACAUAUGUGAAUAAAAUAUAAGCCCACUGA